AAUAAAUAGCACCGGAAUUAGAAAAGCUUGUCAGAGGUUAGAGGCAGGUGAAAGUUUGAACAUGCAGUAUUUGAAACAAGGAUCUGGAUCUGAGAGAAGAAGCACACAACACAACAUAAGAUAACAUUAUUAUGGGGCACAAAUACCACACACACGCACGGCCUCUAGCGUUUGUUUAAUGAUACCAUGGCAUGAGAGAGAAAGGGUCUACAUAACAUAACACAACACAGAGAAAGUGGGGCAAAGUGAGUGGGGUGGGAGAGAGAAGAAAAUCUUGGCCUAAUUGUUGAGGCUGAGAAAGAUAAAAGGGCAAAUCAGAAAUAGUUCAGCUCUCAACUUCACUGCCCACUCUUGCCCAGAACCCCAUAAAAACACACAAGGGUCACUGAUGCAAUUGAUGUUUUUUCUGCUGCUUCUAUCUGCAACCAUGUUAUGAAUAGGGCGGUGGUUUGGCUUUUGGAGUAACUCGACAACCAUUGUGUUUGAGGUUGAUGGGUACAACUGCUUUCAAAAACAUUAACUAAAUCAAGAGAGAGAGAGACCUUGUUUUCCUUUCACAGGAAUACGAGAAAGAAAGUCACUGUAUCACCACUCAUCUCAAGUUGGUAGGUAGGGCUUGUGUGUGGUUGAGAAAGAAACUUUACUUGCAACAGGAGUGAGAAAGAUAGCCACUAGUGAAUAGAGAGAGAGACUCAACUUGGAAAAGAAGAUUUGAUUUUUAGGGAUAGACUAGUUUCUUUGGAACCAUGUAGUAAUCCCUUUUGUUCACUCAUGGAUGGUUACGAAGCUACACGAAUUGUGUUCUUAAGGGUCCAAACUUUGGACCCAGAAAAUGCUUCCAAAAUCAUGGGUUUGCUUCUGCUUCAAGACCAUGGUGAAAAAGAAAUGAUUAGAUUAGCAUUUGGUCCAGAAGCACUUGUUCACUCAGUGAUUGUUAAAGCCCGCAAGGAGUUAGGUUUACCUUUGAACUCUCCGCCAACACCCUCCACUCCUCCUUCUCCUUCACCGUUCCUUCCGAGGCAGAACUCUACUUCUUCAAGGCUCGGUGUUAUCAACCUCCCUCCCUCUCUCACCAUUCCAAACCCUUCUUCUACUUCUUCUUCAUGGCCUACUAUGUCUGAGCUUCAAACCCCUGAUAGUUUGAUGAGCCCCAACAAUUUGGUUGUUGGCUCUUCUACUUCUUCAUCCUCCUUAUCCUUUUAUGCAAAUGGAGGCUCAGAUCCGAUUGAUGACUUCCAACUUCAAGACCAGCUCUCUUUUCUGAAUGAUGGUUCUGCUCAUGCUCACAAAAAUAACCCUGAUUUGUUUUACCCUUGUCACUCGGACUUGUCUUCAAGUCCUACUGCUGCUUCUGACCCUACUCUCUUUCCUUCCUUCGAUUGGGGAGGGUCUCUUCACCGCAGGAGUUGUUCUGUCAAUGAUGUUUGUUUGGGCUCUGAGGACUCCAAUUCCGGGUUGGGGUGGAAGCCUUGUCUUUACUUUGCUAGGGGAUACUGUAAAAAUGGCACUAGUUGCAGGUUCCUUCAUGGUGGACUUGGAGAUGCUGAUGCUGCUGCUCCCGCUGCAAUGGUUGGGUCUCCUAGCAAGCUUGAGAUGAUGGAGCAGUGCCAUGAGCUUUUCAGAGCUAAAUCUUCUCAACAGCAGAGACUGGCUGCUGCUUCUCAGUUCAUGGCCUCUUCUACUUUUCCAUGCUCCCCUAAGUGCAUGAAUUUGCUGUUGCAGCAGCAACAGAAUGAUACUCAACGAGCUGCAGCUCUGAUGAUGAGUGAGGAUUUGCAUAAAUUUGGACGAUCCAGGCUUGAAAGAAAUGAUUUUUCUCUGAACAGUCCUGGAAUGGUAAACCCAGCUUCCAGGCAGAUCUACUUGACUUUCCCAGCAGAUAGCACUUUCAGAGAGGAAGAUGUUUCAAAUUACUUCAGCAUUUAUGGCCCAGUCCAAGACGUGAGGAUCCCAUACCAGCAGAAGAGAAUGUUUGGCUUUGUUACCUUUGUUUACCCGGAGACUGUGAAGCUUAUUCUAUCUAAAGGAAAUCCUCAUUUUGUGUGUGAUGCUCGAGUGCUUGUUAAGCCUUACAAGGAGAAGGGCAAAGUCCCGGACAAGUACAGGAAGCAGCAGCAGGUAGAUAGAGGAGAUUUUUCACCAAGUGGUACUCCUACUGGACUAGAUGCUAGAGACCAAUUUGAUCUUCAACUUGGAGGCAGAAUGUUCUACAAUACUCAAGACAUGCUGUGGAGGAGGAAGCUGGAGGAGGAAGCUGAUUUGCAGCAAGCUCUAGAGCUCCAAAGUAGGAGGCUAAUGGGCCUGCAGCUUCUUGACAUCAAGAAGCAUCACCAGCGUGCACUCUCCACUGGAAGUCCAAUUCCUUCCCCAGCACACUCUCUUAACAUGUUCAACCAAAAUCUUGUUCUUCCUUCCUUUCACAAUAUUUCCGAGGCCCCAAAGGAGAAUGGUUCAACUUCUGCUCCACCUAGUACUGAUUCAGUUUCUGCUGGUCUGCAAUCUGUCAACGUUUCUGUUGGCAAGGAAGUGGUGGUCAAUGGCGAGAAUGGAUUAAAUGAAGGCAAUGACAAGCAGAACUCUGGUCAUGAAGAUAUUGAUUUGCAAGAAUGCUCGGAGCAUAAUCUCCCUGAUAGCCCUUUUGCUUCCCCAACAAAAGCUGCUGGAGACUUGAUGGUUUCCUUCUCUAAUGGAACUGUUGAGGCCAUUGACACAGAUGCCUCGGGUGCAUCUGUCAACUCCAAAUUUGGUACUAGUGCAUUGCUUCCACCAGCAUCUGCAAUUGACAUGGGGACUUUCAAAUCCUAUAACUGUCAAAUACCAAGGUUCCCUUCUGGCCAUGGAACUUUUGGGAUGUUCCCGGGCACGGGUGGCCCGAUUGGCAUUUAGUUUCCUGAGUUCAGGAAGUGAAAGAUGACUAAACAAACCGGGACAAAUGAGUUGAAAACCACCAUCAUCACCACCACCACCACCAUGACGGCCAUCACCAUCAAUCAUUAAUACUAUACUUGUUACAACCAUACAAAAUGCAUACGGAAAAAGCAGUUGAGUAAAGAAGGUGGGGCUGGCAUUCCCCCUUCUUUUGUUAUAUUAGCAUUAUUAUUCCACCAUUUUCUUUUUAUCGUAUCUGUAGUAGUAGCUGAGUGAACCACAGGUUAAAAUAACACAGAAAGAAUCACCAGAGUCAAAUGUGUAAUAGGAACUCCCAAGCACUGUAAUUUCAUCUCCUACCCUCGGUUAUGUAGUAGUGUAGAGUGUUAGUUCAAUGUUGUUACAGGUAUAAUUUCAAGUCUUUGUAUAGCUGGAGCAUUUCCCAGAGAAAAACAUGCACAGAUGAAGUGGUAAAAGCAAAAAGGCAGAGCUUUAUAACUCCAAGGCUGAUUCAAACCCCCCAGUUGAAGGGUAACUUGAAUUUGAAAGCUAUAAGUGAGGAGAGGACUGUAAAAGUGUUAAUCUUAGCUGAUUAAAGUUCAAAGUGGAGAUUUUUAGCAUGGAGGUUAUGUUUAAUCAGUUAUGCUUGUACUUCUACUUAGUUGUUACACACAGUUAUCAAAGAAAGAAUUAGAAAGAAGAAUCAAAAGUUGAGAUUUUAGUCU